UAAAUAUUAAAAAAACAAUAAAUACGUAUAAAUAUCAUAGUCGUAUAAUUAUUAAAUAAAAUCACAAUUAAAUCAUUGUAAAAAUGCCAGAAAUCAAACAGGAAAUAUUCGAUAAUGAACAUUUUAAAUCAGAAGAUUUUGUGAAGGUUAUUGUUCAGGAGCUUAUUGGAGGUUUGGAAUUACUUCAAUAUAGAGCGAAAAUUCAGAAUUUCAAUGAUCAGGUAUCAAAUGCUUUGAAGAAACAUGUCUAUGAAAAUUACAUGCAGUUCAUUGAAACUGCCAAAGAAAUAUCAAACCUUGAAUCAGAAAUGUAUCAACUCUCACAUAUGCUUAUCGAUCAAAAGAACAUGCUUUCAACAUUAAAGGAGGAAAUAUCAGUUAAUGCAAACAAUGUAUGUGGAGACCAAAGCCACAAGAAUGAUGAAGAAGAAAGUUCCACAAUUGUUGAGUCACUAAUUGGUUUUGAGGGAACAUUGAAAGGAAAAACACUCAUAAGUGAGGGCGGUUUAAUUGAAAUUGAUUCAACUGAUUAUAGACCUAUCGUUCGGGUUCAUCUACUUUUGUUUAAUGACUUAUUAAUAAUAUCAAAGAUUAAACAUAACAAUAAACUAGUAUAUUUGAAUCAAUAUGACAUCAAAAAACUUGCUAUUAUUAAUAUACGCGAUCGAGAUGGAAUCAAGAAUGCUCUAAAUCUUAUGACAAUGGAUGGCUCUAGAAUAUUUCAGUGCAUAAGUGCUGCUGCAAAAAUAGAAUGGAUGGAAAAAUUCGACUUAGCAAUAAAAUUUAAUCAACGCAAAGAAAAAAUCAUCAAAGGAAAUAAUGAACUGCCGAUAUCCAAGAAGUCGUCUAACUGCAGUACUGACAUCCAACAUGCGCCUGAUUGGGUAAUAUAUUCUUCUGAAGAAAUAAAUGCUGAACUAACUCAAAGACACUUCGAGGAUGCAUUUUCGUUAAUUCAAAGAACUGAAGACUACUUGACAAAUCAUAAAAUUAAUAAUAUAAAGAACUUAGACGAAAUUCAUGAUAAAAUCAGAUACAUAAAACGAAAACUAGCAUCUGAUCUAUUACGUGAAUUGUCUAAUAUUCAAAGUGGAAAUUUACCUGUAAGAAUAUGUCGUCGACCCUUAAAAAUAUUAAUUGAAAUGGGAAAGUCUAGAGAAGCUUGCGGAAAUUUUCUGCGCGUUUGUACAAUGUCUAUACGAUCUUCACAACGGCAAGCUCGUCGCAAUAAUUUAUCGAUUUCAGAUUUAUUUUUUUGCGAUGUUGCACAAGUUGCUAGUGAGUUUCUACGAGCUUUUAAAAAUAAUAUGGCUUGUACCAGUGCAUUAGUUGUUUGGUGCAAUUCUGAAUUAAAAUACUUUGUGUCACAACUCGUUAAACAUUAUUUAACAAAAGGAACACCACUAGAAAAUAUUGCUAUAAUAGUUGAAAGUAUUCGUGUACCAUGUUACAAGUUAACUGAAUUAGGAAUAAAUUUAACUUAUCACAUGGAAGGGCUUCUACGUUCCACUCUACACUAUUUGUUAGAGGAAUGUAAACGUCGGAUAAUCGAAACAAUUGAGCGUUCAGAAGAUAUAUGUCAACCAUGCAAUUUACACAGCAAGUCAAAUCUUCAAGAUACCAUCAAAGAGUUUGCGUUAUUGGGAAUUGAUAUACAAAUGUUAGUUACAGGUGAAACAUGGAUAAAUCUUUCUCAAACAACAUUAAAUUUUUGUCGAAAUUUUAUUAAUAUAACGGACUCGUGUGCUUUGUUGGCAAAAAAUGAAUCAAUAAAAUUUGAAUCAGAGAAUUUGUUAAAAGAAAUAUUCAUUGCGCAAUUUCAGUCAAAACCAAAUAUGGACAAAACUGUAGAUUUAAACUUCGUAACCAGCAAUAAAACAUUCUUGGUAAAUGUGUUAUUGAAGACUGCAUUAACAAGGUUUACUUUAAUUUCUGGUAAAUUAUCAUAUAUACUAAAGGGUGUUGAAAAACAAUUGACAGGACCUAAACCUAAAGCUCGUAAUAUUUAUAAAACUGAAAUAUUGUGAAUGAUAUUUUUAUUUAUGAUAAUUUUAUGAUAUUAAAAAAAAUAAAUGAAUCAAAAUCUAUUUUUCUUC